AUGAUGAUAAGAAGAAGAAGGAAGAAGAAGCUAAGAAGAAGAAAGAGGAAGAAGCAAAGAAAAAGACAGAAGCUGAUGAAAAGAAAAAGAAAGAAGAAGAAGCCAAAAAGAAAACAGAAACCGAUGCCAAGAAGAAAAAAGAAGAUGAUGAAAAGAAAAAGAAAGAAGAAGAAGCCAAAAAGAAAACAGAAACCGAUGCCAAGAAGAAAAAAGAAGAUGAUGAGAAGAAAAAGAAAGAAGAAGAAGCCAAAAAGAAAAAAGAAGCCGAGGCUAAACAAAAGAAAGAAGAAGAAGAAAAGAAAAAAGAAAGAAGAUGAAGCCAAAAAGAAGAAGGAAGCUGAAACCAAGAAGAAGAAGGAAGACUAUGAAAAGAAAAAGAAGGAGGAAGAGGCAAAGAAGAAGAAAGAAGCAGAAGACAAAAAGAAAAAAGAAGAAGCAGCUAAAAAGAAGGCCGAACAAGCAAAGAAGGAUGAAGAACUUGAAGACGAAGAGGAAUAUGAAGAUGAAGAAUGGGAGGAUGAAGACGAAGAUGAUGAAGUUGCCGCAGCAAUGCGUGCCAUUGCCGAGAAGAAGGGGUUAGAACAAGAGAGAAUGAACGCUCUACUAGGUCUGGGGCCUAGUUUAAGUUCCAAGAAGGCUGACGAUGACAAGAAGAAGAAAGAAGAAGAAGCCAAGAAAAAGAAGGAAGAAGAAGAAGCUAAAAAGAAGAAGGACGCUGACGCUAAGAAGAAAAAAGAAGAGGAAGAAAAGAAGAAGAAGGAGGCGGAAGAGAAAAAGAAAAAGGAAGAAGAAGCAAAGAAGAAGAAGGAAGCUGAUGAAAAGAAAAAGAAGGAAGAAGAAGCCAAGAAAACAAUUGAUAAGGAUAAAUUGGCCGCUCCCGCUACAAAGCCUAGGUCCCGGUCAACAAGUAAAGUUCGAAAAGAAGGGGAAGAUGCUAAGUCGACCACUAAAACAAGCUCCACAAAAUUGUCUCCAUCUACGACUGAAAAGUCACGAUCUACGUCGAAAACGAGAGACAAAAGUGCUACAAGAACUGAUGAGAAAACCGCUUCUAAGACUUCAUCAUCAACUGAAAAGAAAAGUAGUACGAAGACGGUGGAGAAGAAACCUUCAAGUAGUACUGAAAAGAUGCCGUCAAGCACACUAGCUACUGACAAAACGUCAUCUAGUACAACUAGUGGCGAAAAGAAGCCUUCUAGCAGUACUAGUGCAGAAAAGAAACCUUCUAGUACAACAAAGACCAGUUCGACUCCAAAGACGACUAGUAGUGCUGAAAAGAAGCCGUCUUCAACUGAAAAGACUAGCUCUUCAUCCAGCUCAAAAACAUCGUCAAGUACGGAAAAGAAGCCUUCUAGUAGCACUGACAAGAAACCGUCUAGUAGUACUGAAAAGAAGCCAUCUUCGUCUAGCUCUAAAACAUCAAGUAGUACGGAGAAAAAGACUUCUAGUACGACAGAGAAAAAGCCUUCUAGUAGCACUGAUAAGAAGGAACCUACAGAGAAAAAAGACAUCGUCAUCGACAGAAAAGAAGCCUUCUUCAACAUCAAAGACCUCUAG